UGGUGACCCAGAAGUAAAUCUCUGACCUCAGCUGUGGCUCUCAGUGGUGGCCAGAAGCCAACUUCAUGUCUGAGGGCACGAGCAGAUUGACAUGGAGAGCUUGGGGCUGCAGACGGUGACCCUCAGUGAUGGGACAACAGCCUAUGUCCAGCAAGCUGUCAAAGAGGGCUAUGACCCCAGCUCCCUGGAAGCUGUCCAGCUGGAAGACGGCUCCACUGCCUACAUUCACCAUCCUGUGGCUGUGCCCUCGGACAGCACCAUCCUGGCCGUGCAGACGGAGGUGGGCUUGGAGGACCUGGCAGCAGAGGACGAGGAGGGCUUCACUGCAGACACUGUGGUGGCCCUGGAGCAGUAUGCGAGCAAGGUUCUGCAUGACAGCCAGGCUCCCCAUAAUGGCAAAGGACAGCAAGUUGGAGACAGAGCUUUCCGCUGUGGCUACAAGGGCUGUGGACGUCUCUACACCACCGCCCAUCACUUAAAGGUACAUGAACGAGCUCACACGGGUGACCGUCCAUACCGGUGUGACUUCCCCAGCUGCGGAAAGGCCUUUGCCACAGGCUACGGGCUGAAGAGCCACGUUCGUACCCACACUGGUGAAAAACCAUACAAGUGCCCCGAGGAGUUGUGCAGCAAGGCCUUCAAGACCUCAGGAGACCUGCAGAAGCAUGUCCGGACCCACACAGGUGAACGCCCCUUCCGGUGCCCUUUCGAGGGCUGUGGCCGCUCCUUCACCACAUCGAAUAUCCGCAAGGUGCAUGUGCGCACCCAUACAGGAGAGCGGCCCUACACCUGCCCCGAGCCUCACUGUGGCCGAGGCUUCACCAGCGCCACCAACUACAAGAAUCACGUGCGCAUCCACACAGGGGAGAAGCCAUAUGUUUGCACGGUGCCAGGCUGUGGGAAGCGCUUCACUGAGUACUCCAGCCUGUACAAACACCACGUGGUGCACACGCAUUGCAAGCCCUACACGUGCAGCAGCUGCGGCAAGACCUACCGACAGACCUCCACCCUGGCCAUGCAUAAGCGCAGUGCGCACGGCGAGCUGGAGGCCACUGAGGAGAGCGAGCAGGCCCUGUAUGAACAGCAACAGCUAGAGGCUGCCUCUGCCGCUGAGGAAAGCCCACCACCCAAACGAACCCGCAUUGCUUACCUUUCGGAGGUGAAGGAAGAGGGCGAUGACAUCCCAACCCAAGUGGCCAUGGUGACCGAGGAGGAUGGGACUCCCCAGGUGGCUCUGAUCACUCAGGAUGGUGCCCAGCAGGUCAACCUAUCCCCGGAAGACCUACAGGCCCUGGGGAGUGCCAUCAGUGUGGUGACCCAGCACGGCAGCACCCUCACCAUCCCCAGUCAUCAAGACGACCUGGCCACAUCUGGCACACACACGGUCACCAUGGUCAGCGCCGAUGGCACUCAGACUCAGCCCGUCACAAUCAUUACCUCUGGGGCCUUGGUGGCCGAAGAUGCCAGUGUAGCAUCUCUUCAUCACCAACAGGUGGCACUGUUGGCCACAGCCAACGGAACGCACAUCGCGGUGCAGCUCGAGGAGCAGCAGACCUUGGAGGAGGCCAUCAGUGUGGCCACUGCUGCCAUGCAGCAGGGGGCCGUGACCCUGGAGACCACAGUAUCAGAGAGCGGCUGCUGAGCCCAGGAGGGCUGGCUCCCACACCGUGCUGGAGGAGGUGCCCUGCUCACAGGCAGCCCUGCUUCCAGGGGCCCCCGGCUGUGACUGACACAAGGGUGAGAAGACGGCAGGAAAACAGCCUGACUGGAGGGGCUGUGGGCCAUGCCCAGAUGAGGGCCAGGCAGUGGGCAGUGAGCUGAAGAGGACCAGCCUAGUCACUGGGCCGCCUUGGACACCUGCUUUCCUCCCUUGGGAGAAUACUCUCCCCACUUCCGUCCACUCCCUUUCUCAGGGAGAUGAGGACUAGGUGGACGAGGACUGGCCUCCAUCCUGACUGGUCAUACUGCCAGGGGAAAGGCAGCGAGCUCUUCAGCCCAGCCCCUCCCAGCAAUAACCACCUCCUGGGGGUAGCCAGGAUGCCUGGCCACUUGGCAUAAGGGACUUCCUGCCACCACAGUCAGAAUUAAUUCCUCAGGGGCCUGUGGCUGGAGUAAAAGGUGCCCAUCCCACCACCCCCAGCAGCUCCCCACUCUGUGGCAGAGAGGGGCCUGCACCUAGAUUGCUGGGGAUUGGGUUUGUUUGUGGUUUGGUUUUUUUAAUUCUAUUUUGAUAAUUAUUCUUUCCUGCUCUGGGUGGUGGUGGCAAACGGGUGAAUGAGUAUUUAAUAAAAGUUCCAAGUUUCCACC